AUGGCGACGCAGCACAAGCACGACGGUCCGAGAGGGUUUGGCGGGCAUAAUGAGACACCGGUUGUAAAUAACGAAGAAGAGUACGAAGACAAAGAAACAGAAAUGGACGACGAAGAGGAUUACGACGGCUUAGGAGAACCUGAAGACGUAUAUCAUCAAAAUGCCAUUGCCGAACACAAGACCAAAGCAACCCGUUUCGAAAAUCAAGCACAAGCUCUCAAGGAAAGACUACGAAGUGGCGAGAAAAUAUCUCUGGGAGACAUCAGCGGCAACUAUACGCUUCUCUCGUCUCAACAUUUGGACUUCUACGCUCAGAAUCCAGAGCGGUGGUGGGAAAAUGGAGAUAACAUCGAUGACUGGGAAGCCGGAACCCUCAAAAUUGGCAGGCAACACUUGGAGCCAAUGUUACCUAAAGGUGAUACAGAGACUGGAGUCAGGCUCAAUCUCAUGGACGAACCGGAGGACGGGUUUUGGAUGAACAUCAACAGCCCUCCACAGUUCGCAUCGCAAGACCCUGUUGACAUGACAGCCUAUGGCACCGUGGCACUGGACCCCUUUGAUUGUAAAGUCACGUUCUUGGGUGAGGGUGUUUUGGAGCUCUGCUUUCCAGGCAACCAAUUGGAGGGCAAAGGAUUGCCUGGCUAUGUGCGUUACGUUGGUGUCUGGGGUGCGAUGGACGACUCGGAUGACGAUUUUGAUUAUGAUGAGGAACCUUUUGGAUACUGA